AUGUCGUCGGCGGAGGAGGACGCCGACGCCGAAACGACCGCCCCGGCCCCAUGGGGCGACCUCCUCGAGUUCCAGCGCGCCAUCGUGGACGAGCUCGUCGCGCGCGACGGCCUGACCGUCCUCGCGGAGGGGCUCGGGCUGCCCGAGGUGCUCGCGGGCCUGAUUCGCGCGCGUCACGCCUCGCGCGUCUUCGCGCGGUCGUUCGCGGACGGGCGAGAGGCGUUCCAGAGCCUCCUCGGCGACGGCGAACGCGACGACGUCGACGACGCGGCGACGCGGUCGGUGACGAACUGCGCCUCCGGCCCGGUCCUCAUCGUCGGCGCGACGGACGCGCAGAAGCGCGCGACGAGGCUCCACCUCGCGGCCAUCGCGCCCGAGACGCCGUUCCCCGCGGACGUCAACGCGGACUUCACCGGCGCGAACCGAAAGAAGAUGUACGCGAGCGGGCCCACGGUGUUCAUCACCACGCGGAUCGCGGCCGUGGACUUGCUGACGGAGGACCGUCUCCCGCCGCGCGCCGUCGCGGGCGUCGUCGUGGUGAACGCGCAUCGCGUGACGGAUCUCUCCGGCGAGGCGUUCGUGAUUCGCCUCUUCCGCGGCGGCAACCGCGUCGGGUUCGUGCGCGCGCUGAGCGACCGCCCGGGGGAGCUAAUGCGCGGGUUCAACGCGCUCGAGCGCGCGAUGAAAGCGCUCAUGGUGCGCGCGUUGAACCUGUACCCGCGGUUUCACCUCGCCGUGAAGCACGACCUGGACGACCACGCGCCGGAGGUCGUGGAGCUGCAUCAGCCGCUCACGAAACCGAUUCGCUCGAUACAAGACGCCAUCGUGGAGAUCAUGGAACAGUGCAUGUGCGAGCUCAAGAAGAGCAAGCACGUGGACGUCAGCGAGCUCAGCGUCGAGGCGGGGAUGUUCAAGUCCUUCGACCGGACGCUGAGCCGGCAGUUGGACCCGGUCUGGCACGUCGUCCCGAGAAAGUUGAAGCAAAUCGUGUACGACCUUCGGACGCUUCGGAACCUCGCGAUGUACCUUUUACGGUACGACGCGGUGACGUUCUUGCGGUACUUGGAGACGCUGCGACUCGCGGAGGGGAGCCAGAGCAUGUGGCUGUUCACCGACGGCGCGCACGUCGUGUUCGAGCAAGCGAAGCGGCGCGUGUACGUGCUGCAAAAACCCGGCGGCGGAGGCGGAGGAGGAGGAGGGAGGAACGCGAACGCGACGCCCGCGGGGCUCGGACCCGGCUCGGGCGUCGGCGCGAAACGCCCCGCGCCGGGCGACGACGACGACGACGACGACGAUGAUGAUGAUGAUGAUGAAAUCGUCAUCACCGGCGUGACCGGCGGGACGACGACCGCGGCGGCGGCGGCGGGGACGACCGCGACGGAGCUCCGGCCGAUCUUAGAGCCGAUGCCGAAGUGGUGUUUGAUCGAGGAGAUCGUCGUGGAAGUCGACGAGGACAGGGCGAAGUUCAAGGUAGCGAUGGAGCGCGAGCUCAGCGCGGUCGCGAGCGACGGCGCGCUCGUGAACCUCACCGGCGAGGACGACGACGACGACGAGGACGAGGACGACGACGAGCGCGAGAAGGAACGCGCGGCGGCGGCGCGAGAAAAAUACGCGCAGGGCCCGCUGCUAAUCGUCGCGAAGGACGAACAGACGACGGCGCAGAUCACGUCGCUGCUGUUGCUCGGCGCGGACGCGCUGAUGGAGCGCUUAUGGAACGACUACCUCGUCUCGAGAGACGGGCGCGUGGGGAGCGGCGGCGGCGGCGGCGGGUGGCGCGCGCGCGGGGCGAGGGGCGGGAGAGGGCGGGGACGCGCGCGCGGCGGCGGCGGCGGCGGCGGCGGCGGGCGAGGCGGCGCGAGCGCCGCGGGGCGAGGCCCGAGUCGCAUGGACCGCAUGCGCGCGGCGAUGAUGGGCGAGGAACCACCGCCGCUUCCCGCGCCCGGCGGCGGCGGGCGCGGCGGGGGCGAGGGCAGAGGAGGAGGAGGAGGAGGAGGAGGAGGAGGAGGAGGAGGACGUGCGUUCAACGACCUCACCGCGGAGGGGCUCGCCGGCGGCGGCACCGCCGCGGAGCGCAACGCGUUCGCCGCCGUGGCGAAGGCGAUCCGCGCGCGCGAGUCGAAGUCCAGCGCGGCGUCGUCGAGAGCGGCCGCGAAGGCGGGGAACAAGAAGGCGACGGGGGACUUGGAACCGAGGAGGGACGAGGCUCGGGUCGCGGCCGGCGGCGGCGGCGACGGCGACGAUCCGUACGCGGACCCGAAAGUCGGCGCGGCGAAACUCGCGAAACGAGGGAUCUACGUCCACGCGCUGACUGGCCGCGGCGGCAUCAUCGCGCGCGUGAAGCCGUCGUUCGUGAUCCUCUACGACCCGGACGCGGCGUUCGUACGCGAGAUCGAGACGUUCACGGCGCGUCGCCCCGGCGCGCCGCUGCGAAUUUACUUUCUCGUCCACGAAGGCAGCCUCGAGGAGCAGCGAUACGUGUCCCAACUCAGGUACGAGACCAACGCUUUUGACUCGCUCGUGCGCGCGAAGCAGCACAUGUCGAUGCCCGCGGAGCAAGAGGGCCGAAUCGGCGGCGGCACCGGAGACGCGACCGCCGCGGAGCCGGUGUUGCCGUUGCCGCAACUCCAGCCGCUGCUCGAUCCGACGAAGGACGCGGCGGAGAAGAGCACGCGCCGCGCCGGGGGUCAGCUCACGGUCCCGACGCGUCUGCACGUCGUCGUGGACAUGCGCGAGUUCAUGUCGUCGCUGCCGUCGGUGCUGCAUCAGUCCGGGUUCAAGGUCAUGCCCGCGACGUUGGAGGUUGGCGAUUACGUCUUAUCGCCGAACAUGUGCGUGGAGCGAAAGUCGCUUCCCGAUCUCAUCGGCUCGCUGAACAACGGCCGGCUGUACCAUCAGGCGGAGGCGAUGUGCAAGCACUACAGGUACCCGAUUCUACUCAUCGAGUUCGAGGGCGACAAAGCGUUCGGGAUAUCCAGCGUGCAAGAUCUGGGGAGAGAGAUCGACCCUCGAAGCGUGCAGAGCAAGCUCGUGUUGCUCAUCUACGCGUUUCCGAAGCUGCGGCUCAUGUGGUCGCGGUCGAUGCACAUGACCGCGAAGAUGUUCGCGGACUACAAGCUCGCGGAGCCGGAGCCGACGGUGGAGGUGGCCGCUAAGGUUGGGCUCCCGCCGGAUUUGUCCGCGGACGGCGCCGGCGUGGACGAGCCGUAUAACCAAGCCGGGAUCGACUUUCUGAGGAAGCUGCCUGGAAUCACCGACAAAAACUUGCGGAGGGUGUUGGACACGAUCGAGUGCGUCGCGGACCUCGCGGAGAUGUCCCAGGCGGACAUGGCGAAGAUGUUGGGGGAUAAUCGCCAGGCGAGGACGCUGCACGAGUUCCUUCACACGGAGUUCCCGUCCGCGGUGACGGCGGCGGGGAGGAAGUGA